CCUCUGACUGGUCUGGGCGCGCCUAGCCCCGCCCUCCCGGAAGUGCCGGUCUCGCGCAGCGCCCGGCGAAAAGGGCCGAGAGCACCCACCGCAGAAGCACCACAGGACCUCCCCUAUCCCCCUCCUCAGGGAGGGGGCACCCAGCCCCCAACGCCCCCCCAAAGAAAAGCCCUCACUUCAUUGCCCCCCUCUCCCCCGCAACCCCUUCCAUGCCUCUGGGCCUGGGUCGCCGUAAGAAGCCCCCCCCGCUGGUGGAGAACGAGGAGGCGGCGGGGGGCAGGGCCGGCGGGGGAGCCGGCGGGGACGCCCCGGGGGGUGGUGGUGCGGCCGGGGCCGGGGCCCUGUCCGCGGCCCCGGGGCUGCCUCCGCCGCCAGCGGCGCUGCGGCCUCGCCUGGUGUUCCACACGCAGCUGGCCCACGGCAGCCCCACGGGCAGGGUCGAGGGCUUCAGCAACGUGCGGGAGCUCUACGGCAAGAUCGCGGAGGCCUUCCGUAUCCCCCCUGCCGAGGUGAUGUUCUGCACCCUCAACACCCACAAGGUGGACAUGGAGAAGCUGCUGGGGGGGCAGAUUGGGCUGGAGGACUUCAUCUUUGCCCACACCAAAGGGCAGCGCAAGGAGGUUGAGGUCUUCAAGUCGGAGGAGGCCUUGGGCCUCACCAUCACCGACAAUGGCGCAGGCUAUGCCUUCAUCAAGCGGAUCCGCGAGGGCAGCGUGAUCGACCGGAUCCCAGUGAUCAGUGUGGGUGACAUGAUCGAGGCCAUCGAUGGGCACAGCCUGGUGGGUGCCAGGCACUACGAGGUGGCAAAGAUGCUGAAGGAGCUGCCGCGGGGCCGCACCUUCGCCCUGCGCCUCACCGAGCCCCGCAAGGCCUUCGAUCUGAUUGGCCCCCGCAGUGGGGGGGGCCGCAGUGGGGGCACCCAGGUGGGCAGUGGCCGAGGCACCCUGAGGCUGCGUGCCAGAGGCCCUGCCACCCUUGAGGAGCAGCCUUCUGCCUUCGAGGAGCUGGCAGUGGCCAAGGUGGACGACCUGCUGGAGAGCUACAUGGGCAUCCGGGACAGCGAGCUGGCUGCCACCAUGGUGGAGCUGGGUCGUGACGCGGGGGACCCUGAUGCCCUGGCACAGGCCCUGGAUGCCCAGCUCGGGGACUUCGCCUUCCCGGACGAGUUUGUCUUCGACGUCUGGGGAGCCAUUGGCGACGCCAAGGUCGGGCGCUGCUAGGGGGCGCUGCAGACCCACCCCCAGCACCGGGCCCCCCCCUCAGGACUUUGGCGUCGUUGGGUGGGGAGGAGGGCGAGGGUCCCACCCCUGACCGGCUCCACAGCUCUACGCCAGGACUGGCACCCAAACCCCCUCCCCACCCCACUUAAGAAAGCCAGAGCCCCCCCCCCCCCAGUAAAUCUGCUAGAGAAGGGAGGAGGGAGCCUCCCCCAAGAUUCCCCCGUGAAGGGCCCCAGAUGGGACCCCCCCCCGACCCCAGGACCCCCUCUCUAUACCUGGGUACCCUAACACCAACUCCAGACCCCCCCCCCCCCCUUUAAGCUCUCAGCCACACCCCGCCUCCCACAUAUGGGACCCACCACUACAAACUGGGACACCUGCCCAAUGGAUCUGGGUGCCCCCCCCCCCAUCUGAAGGUCAGGGGGUCCCCAGCAUGGGACCACCACUACAAACCACCCCCCAGGCAGCCUGGGACUCCCCAAGCAGGUGCCCCCCUCCCCCAUUUCCUGGGAACCCCUUUAUGGACCUAGGACCCCUCAUUUAUUGGACCCCCCCCUUAACUGGGAGGUCCCCAUUUUAUGAACUGGCACCCCCCCAUUUGUGGCCUCUGGCCCUUGGGACCCUCCCACUGAAGGGUCCGUCCCCCCCAACACUAAUCUCCCACCCUCUCACCCAGGGUGAGGUCCAAGGCUCCCCUAAUUUACCUCCCCCCUUCCCAGGGGCUUUCAGCAGAGGGAGGCAGCCCUGUGCCCCCCCAAAUAGGAUGCAGGACCCCCCCACCGUGUGUCCCUACCCAGUGCCAAUCUGAGCCUGUCACACACUGUCACACCCCCCCCCCCCCAAAUCGCACUGACUACCUCGGGGGGAGGGGCUGUGAGGAGGGGGGGUAAACAGCACAGCCCCCUCCUCACCCUGUCCCUUGGCACCUGGGGGAGGAGGUUUUUGGGGGGGCACAGUGGGGGGG